GAAGAAAUGGAACAAAAUGACGAAUUUGACAACAUGGUCAAGGAUCCGAAAUUAAUUGAGCAGACACGACGAAUGUUCAAAUUCCUGAUGGACCGCACCCAUGACCAAGAAAUCUCAUUUAAUGACGAUCAACACCUUCAGGAAAACCCCGAGGACAGCCAAUUUGAGGAGGAGGGAUCCAACCUGCUCAAGUGGAGGAAACCUCAACUCAGGCUCGUCACCCUCUUGGAAAACAGUUUCAAGAUUAUCAAGAAACAUUGCGACCACCGUUUCGUCCCGCACAGAUUUUUGAACGACGUUCUACACGGGUUUCUCUUCCUGCUCAGUGAGUCGAUUCAGACCUCAGUGAUGGAGGACGUUGGGCAGCAAGAUUUCCAGAGUAUUGCGCGUCGUCUAGAAAAGUGCUUGGCCUACGAUGAGGCAUUUCACCUCAAUGGGACGCGGUGUCGGGCAAAGUCAAAGGUUGAGUUCAUCAAGAAGGCGUGGGACGGGUGGGUUCCGUACUUGCAGGACGAGGAGAGAAGCUUCCGCUGGGGCACGUAUGACUUGGUCGUGGACGCCGUUUGGUCUGUGCUCACCUUCACCCACGGAUUAUGCUACUGGACGUUUCACGAGCUGGUCAACUCUCAUCACGUAUUUCAACGCGUCAUGGAAUCGCUCUUCACACAAGAAAUUUUAUUUAGAUGGCUGAACCCUCCUCGACUCUACAAUGAAAAUCUGUGGGAGCACAUGUUUUCCGCGGGAUCGAUUAAACACACGAUGCGAUCUUUGGACGCGUGUGUGACGGGUGCAUAUUUGGACACGCCCUUCACUCAUCGACUCGAAAGACCGAUUCAGGAGUCGGUGGAACGCGUCACGAGGCCCAAAAGUGCUGUCAUGGUCAGCAACGAGACGGUAGCGAUAGCAUCGUCGAUAGCGACGACUGAGAGUACUCCUCCAACGCCGACCCCAACGAGGCGUCGGAGAUCAGCAGCCCCUGUGGGGAGGAAGACGCUGGAGGAGAAAGGGCUCGAAGGUGGUGGUUGGUGCUUCCAAAGUUCGGAUGAGAGGAAAAAGACCAUCAUGCGCUACAUCGGACUCAACUGCGCCGCAAACACAAUCAUGAAGGACAAGAAGUAUAAGAAGACAUUGUACUGGUUGGCCGAGUAAAUGUUGUAGUUAAUGAGCCCCCUUGUACAGAAUUACAGCCGCUAAUAAUUAGUUAACUCAGGUUCUCAUAAAUUUUGUGAAUAAGCUACGGAAUAAGAAAUUCCAGAGACAAAAGUGUGCAUUUUUAAAUGACGGUCAUAUUUUAGCGGCUAUAAUUAUAAUGACAAAAUAUGACAUAAUGACUUGGGUAGUAAUAAAUAGCUUUAAAUUGUACAGCAUAAAAAAAUAGCAAAAAAGUAACAUGGAAAAAUAGAAUUAAUUAAUUCGGUAUAACGAUAAUGCCACAAUUAUGUAAAUAUUAUGUGCAUAGAUGAUGUAAAGUUCCAUUCAGAGCUCAAUUAUUAAAUAG